CCAAACGUCAGAGCGCACUUAACUAUAAAUCUCUCCAAACUGCUCUCUGCGCCCGGCGCGUUGUUAUGCGCAAACAUCUGUCGUGCCUCAGUCCAAUAUGAAGACAAUGCGUGUGGACACCCUUCGAGGUACAUAGACACCAGCUGACCUGGAGAAUAUGGAGAAUAAAUACCGCCGGGCUUUUUGUUUACCUUGACGAGAUUUGUGUAAAAUGUUGGCGAUUGUGACAUUUUUACGCAGUUUCUGGAUAUGAGAGGUUCUUGACUGUUAUAUCAAAAGUCGGACUACACGAUAAGGCACUCUGGCAAACAUAUUGCGCACUUUUUAGCGCCGUGCUCGUGUGCUGGAGACACUGAUGUCUUCAUUGGACUCCUUUCAGUCGGAGAUGGUGGCUCUCUCUCGGAUUUCCAACGUGGAAACGUAGCAUCCAAUUAAUCAGCGGCAGCAACUGUACCCCCAAGGCGCAGUGGCACUUGGUCCGCUCUGUUCAGCACCUACCUUUGGACUCUGAAGUGUGAAAAGACGCGUGGAUGGUCGGUGUGCUGAGUCCGAAUAUGAAAAACAUAGCUGGUGCGUUACUGCAGCCUUUUUUCUCCCGCUUGGACACAAACUGAAAUUGAACUCGCUUGAAGGAAAUUUUCGUGCUGGGGUUGUUGAAAUGAUUCACGCAGCGGAAUCAGCUGGGAACAUUAAAUGAGUGGCGUUUUCUGUUUGGAUUUUUACCACUAAAAGCCGAGCUAGUUUCAGGUCUGCAUGGGCCAUAUUUAAGCUUUCUUCAUAGGAACUGAGUCUAAGAUGAAGUUAUGGGAUGUUUUGGCCAUGUGUUUGUUGCUCCUGAGCUCUGUUGCUACAAGGCCUCUCUACCAAAAAACUCAGCCAGCCAAGAGGACUUAUUUCCCCAGCAGCUACAGUGAUUCUGUGCCCUUGCCUUCUUUGGAGGACGAAGCGCCAUCGUUUGAGCGUGAAGACCACCAACUGCAGGAGAUCUCAAAGGAGAAUCAGUAUGACAUUGGAGGUCCCUAUCCAGAUCAGUUUGAUGACGUAAUGGAUUUUAUCGAGGCUACCAUUGGCAGACUCCGGAGAUCUUCGGAAACCAGCGGCGGAUCCAGGGGAAAGAAGGAGCAGAGAAAGAGAGGAGCGGCAAACACAAGAGGCGCGAGAGAGGAGGGGAGAGGACACAGCGACAGGAGGCGGAAUAGGGGCCGAGGGGGGAGUAGAAAUGGCAAAAGAGGACGAGGUGAGAAAGGGAAGGAGAAGGAGAGUAUAUCUGUGCAGACGCGGGGGUGCUUGCUAAAGGAAGUCCACCUCAAUGUGACGGAUUUGGGGCUGGGCUACCAGACUAAAGAGGAGCUGAUCUUCCGGUACUGUAGCGGCCCCUGUAUUGAGGCAGAGACCAACUACGACAAGAUCCUGAACAACCUCACGCACAACAAAAAGCUGGACAAGGAUACACCCUCUCGCACCUGCUGCCGGCCAAUCGCGUUUGACGACGACCUGUCUUUUUUGGACGACAAUGUGGUGUAUCACACGCUGAAGAAGCAUUCUGCCCGGAAGUGUGGGUGUGUUUAAAGAAGUCACAUGGGCGGCAUGUAGGAGACUAAGGAUAUCCUUUACAAGCUCGUGCUGGAGAGGGACAUGUGUACUCAAGGUCAAAUUGGGAGUGUUUGUCUCAUUUUUGUUGUUGUUGUUUUUGUCAGUAGUCGUCAAAGGAGGAGCAGGUAGGUGUACUGAGACCGCCUGAAAGACACUGGAACAGCCGCUUGAAAGGAAACUGUGCGUUUAUCCGAUACUCGACUGUUCAGACACGUGCAAAACAAAAUGUAUCAGGUGUGCACCAGUUUGCAGAAGAUUAAAUACUGUUACACUUUCAGAUUUGCCAACUGUGCUGUCUAAAAAGGGUGAGAGUAGAAGAAACAUCAGUUCUUUUGUUUUUUCCACAGCUGGCUCUUUAGACUGUAGAUGAAUCCAGAGAUUUGACGAGCUUCAGUUGCAAUCGAAACACUUCCAGCCUGGAUGUUGGCAUUUACAUUCAGAGCCAAGGAACCCAUCGGAGUUAAGCAAAGACUUUUUUUCUUCUUUUUUUUGUGCAACACAUCUACAUAAAACCCAACCUAUAUAUAUAUAUAAAUAUAUAUAUAUAUAUGCAUACAUAUAGUAUAUACGUGUGUCAGAGGUAUAUUUAUUAAGAUGGAAUUAACUUAUUGUUAUUUAUUUCAAUCCAUUUUAUGAAAAAAUGUCUUUUUUUAUUUAUUUAAAGCUUUGUUUGUCCUGGAUAAUGCCAAAGUAGAGCAUUUUCUCAAGUAAAACCAUGCAAGCUGACUCAGACCUGUUAAAACACUCCCACGAUCCCAGUAAUGCUUAUUUAUGUCACUUAGAUUCCAGGCUUUCACAAGCAGAUCCAAAUGAUCAUCAUUAGCCGUUAAGGAAAGAUAGAGAAGCAGAGGAGGGGACCAAUAGAUUUCUUUUUUUCCUUUUUUUUAAAUAGAGCUGAUCUACUGUUGCAUUUUGAGUAGUUCACCUCGUUAUCGCUAAUGUGACCACACUAAGACAGGGAGAAAACGUCACCCGGGUACAGCCUCCCAUUCAAAGCAUCCUUUAAGAACACUCUAUGUUUACGCGGAAGCAAAUAAUUCUUUGCUGCUGUUUGUUUAUAAAGUGUGUGUGUGUGUGUUUUUUGUUUUUUUUUUAAAUCAACAAUCCAGGACAGACUCGGCGUCACUCCAGCCAUAAGCCAUAACGACUUUUAAUUUCAAUCUGCAGCCGACACGAGAGUGGUGUGGUCUCGCGAGGAUCUGCAGGUGCCUUUGACGAUCCAUCCUUUGAGUCACACAGUACAGAAGCUGCUAUUUCUGCCUGUCAGCGCGCGUUACCUGAAACCUCGCCCUGGCCUCGCACCAAAUCUGAGCAAAAGGCUUUGCAGCGAUAACCGUCCCAGUAGGCUUUAAAGUUCACGGGGCUGGCCGUGUUUCUGUCUGAGCUGUGACAGACAGGUCUUUUUUUCUUUUUUUUUUGUCCUCAAAGGGGAUUUGAAAGUGAUCCUCUAACAUGAGUCUUAACCAAAUAUCCCCACCGGCAAAGGCAGUUUAAGGAAGAUCUAGCUGCUGUAGUGGAUGUCAUCACACAACUGAUAUGAAUAUCUCAAAGGACUCAACAAAGGAGUAUGUUUUGGAAUUACUGAGCAAAUGAUUGGUCGGCUCAGUGGGCUUUUUAGGUGUAAUAACCCAUCCAGCCACUUGUCCCCAAAGUUUAGGAAGAAAUAUACAUUAAGGAAAGGAGACUCUUUAAAAAGCGCGUUUGUGUGCCCUGUUAAGGGGGUAGCUUUAAGUGGAACAAAGAGAGCCCUCGAGUAGGUCUUGAUGUUAACACGGAUUAGGGACCAAGGUAUCUGUGCCCACCCAUCAGCAAGCAGGCCAGCUUUACUGUGUAAUCCCCCCACACAGAACAAAUCCAAUGCAUCAAGCUGAAUUUAGGCCAAAUACUACACAGAGAGGGAAAAAAGUCUAGCUUUUAUCACAGCAUACCUCAUCAGUUGGAUCAUCUUCCCCUUUAACAACUGAUUCGUGCAUAAGCCUUCCCAGAUGGGAAUGUGGAGGCUUCCCAGAAGCCUCCAGAGCGCCUCGCUACUCUUCCACACCAUACAUUAAAGAGUGUGAACUGCGGCCACUCGUCUCAUCGGUGAUUAGUACCCUGGUUUUGAUGCAAAAGUGUAAAGAUGCGAAGGAAUCCUCAGUGUUAAUUUUAGAAGAAAAGGACUACAUUUGUCAUCACUCCGCUAUCACCUCUGUGGAAAAGAAAAAAAACAAAACAAAAAAACUGUCAUGUCGUCUCACUUGUUGUGUGUUACAGAACCAAAGCUCUGGGCAAACUUUAUUUUUGUACAAUAUUCAUUUUAUAACUUUUUACAGAAUUAAACUUGUUUCUAUUAAAUGAAAA